UCCACAUUUUGGAACAGAUGCCGUUCGAAUUGCAGCUAGUUGACAUUUACAGUUAUCGGCAAACAACAUCUGUGUGUAAGAAAUCUAUUUCACCUGGUGUCGAAUGGCAGACGAGGAUGCACGUGUGCUGGCGGCGGUUGAUGGUGGCGAUGGUGGCGCUGCCGGUGGCGGCGGGCGUGGUGAUCAUCCUGGUGUGCUUCGUGUCGUGCCCGCUGCUGUGGGCCAAGCUGCCCAAGUCGGAGGCGAGCGACUACUACCGCGUGCCGCUGUACGUAGUGUCGGCGCUGGCGCUCUGGGUGCUGCUCGCCAUCGGGGUGUUCUUCCUCUGGUGGCGCCGCCAGCCCAAGGCGAUCGCCGACGAGCCGUCCCCACUCGCCGCUACCGAGGCCUGACGGCCUGCCCAGUAGCCGAAACAAAUGGACUGAUUUGUCAUGUUCUGGUAUAUCAGCGAGAUAUACAUCUCUCCUGAGAAACAGCCUUUACAUUGACGACGCGGAAUUAUUUGGAAUAAUUCUACAUAUUGUGUUGAAACUUUUCCGCUGACACACAUAUGUUUGUGGAUACGUUAGACUCUAGUCGAGAUUCAUUUUAUAAUAAUCUUUUUGUCAAUGGACAACUUCUCUCGGCACAAAUAAGCCCAAAAAGAAGAAAGGGAAAGAUCUUUCAAACUAAAACGAUUUACCCUGUUGUCUCAUACCGAAUACUGUAUUCUAAUACCAAAUGAAAUGAAUCCUAAAAGUGACAUUUAUAAUUUUCUAAAAGUGCGGCUCGCCAGAAACCUGGGGCUUCCAUGAUGUAUCAUUAAAAUUUUUGUAUUAUAAUUGUAUAAAAUAUAGACUGAGAUAUUACUGCAUGGCAUAGAUGAAUCAAGGACACAUUUAUGAACUCAUUGCCACUAUGUUCACAGAGGCAAAGAAGAUGGGCGUUGUGUUUUAAAGUGUUGUAUGUGACUGUGGAUUUCUCUCACUGGCGUUCAUUUUCUGAUAGUUAGUCAGAUACCUUUAAUAACACUAAAAUAAAUGAAGUAAUUUGUGCUUCAGUAACUUUAAGUUACAAAUAACAUUUUAAAAUGUCAGUGUACGCUCUCCGCUACAGCAUUCAAUAAAAUGUUUAAAGCAACAGUAUAACGAUAUAUUUACAUCCUAGGAGAGCCACCUAUAAAAAAGUCAAAGUAACUGGGGCGAGCAAUAAAGUAACACUAACGUAUAAAACUUUGAUACAUGUAUUGAAAACGAAAAUAACGCCCUCUACGAUAAGUGCAGUUUCCAAACUAAGCCUCCAAAUGAUACAAGCUGCAGCACAAUGUAUUUUAUGCGUAUUAUGACUGAGAAACAAGUUAUGAAUUAUUUAUGAAUAAAGAAGACGACUCACCGAAAGGCAGAACCGCUGCGUCGGCGAUAGCUACACAAAGAGAAGGUACAGAGCUUGGCUAUCUUUCGGAAUGCACUUCCUUUUUCCAGUUGUAGGAGAAAGAUGUACAUAAAAACACACACACACACACGCACACACACACACACACACACACACACAGGCACUCACUCAGAUGCACACAACUGUCUCCCUACAUUGUGCUCAUUCGACCUUGUUUUGGAAAACUUAAAAGAAGGCAGAUUAUGCACGGAAAUCAGUGUUUAGUAUGAGUAAUCUUGAGGGAUUUAGUUCUGGAUUAUGAUGUACGAAGAUGUCGCGUCAGUUUUAGAAAACAAUUUCAGGAUGUGCGGUGGUCCGAGGUUCAAUGAAAUACACUAACUCAUGACACAGAGGUCAGUUACAAUACCAUUUGGAGUCUACCAAGGCACUGCAAUACAAAAUGACAACUCAGAUAGAGGAAUGCCACCGAAAUGUCAGAAUCGUGCCAACGGCAGUCGUGGAUAGCAAAAAACUAUGCAGUUAUUCAUACUGAUUGUGCAACGACUUCUCUUUCAUGUAUUAGCUAGGACCCUGACCACCAUUCAUCAGCAAUUUCCACGUCUAAUCAUGGAGAACUUACCAUUCUGUGAGAAUUUGCCUCUCAUACAAAUGUUUUCUAUCAUCUCAGAGAACAAUUCACUCUCACACGUUUUUGAUGACCACACCACGAAAGUUCUAAGAAAUGAAUCUUUAUUUACAAAACACAUAGUAAAAUGGGGCUAAAAGAAGCAAUUUUCAACUUUAAGAAAAAUAAUUGUUAAUUUUUAAAACAAACAUGAAAAUCAAAAUUAUGUUGAAGUAUUGGUUUUGUGCCUAACGUUAAACUUAUAAUUAUAUUUGGGACCAACGCCAUGUUUUUAUAACAAAAAAAUAAUAACUUGAUGCUCCUAUUCAUCCCACAGAGAUGGGUCAAUAUAAACAGUGGUGUUAAUUUUAUCAUUUUUUUAAAAUUAUUGGUCUCUGGGGUGAAUAGAGACAUGUUAAAAUCUGUUUUAUUUGCAGGAGAAUAAGAAUAAAGUUUAUCUGCUUUAA